AUGUAUGCUACGUCAUACCAACUCAUGGCGAAAGAGGCCGUAGCUGUUUUUGAGGCCGCAACCCGUGCUCGCGUAUGUGUUCCUCAGUCGGUAGGAGAAUUAAUCAUGCAAAGGCAGAUCUACACCUUGCAAACGCUCAAUAUUCUCAUUGAUGAUAUUCUCGAGCAAGGCUCGCAAACUCGAGUUCAAAAGGCCCCGGCAAAGAAAAAGAAGACCUCUGACGACGGGGCGGCAAUAGUUCUGUCAAAGCUAAGUCUCCGGGCCCCCCGGAACAAGCUUACACUUUCCGACCUGGUCGCUAGUGCUCGCGAUCACCGAGACACACUUGAGGAGUACCUGGUUUUGCUAUCCACUGAGCCUGUUGUGCUUGCUCACGCUGUCAACAUUUGGUUCUUCAGCCGCCCAGAGCUCGUUCCUGACGAAAAAGGACGCCGCUUGCCGGUGCCCAUUGAUAAACACAUCAGUGCUGCAGUUUUUGAGGUCAUCCACAUUUCGAUUCAAGGAGCCGCCAUCUGGAAAUACAUUGCUAGUAUCCUCGAGCUGCUUGAAAAGUCGGCUGAGGAUAGAGCCUGUCGACCUAUUCUACUUCAGGACAUCUCCAACAUAUGUCAUCUGGAAUUCACUCGUGCGCAAACGCUUUUCAAGCGUCAUGUUCAGAGUGCGACGGGAUCUAAGUGGUUCAAGCGAACUUCCAACACGUACGACAGCGCCGGUAAUCCGCACGUUGCCAUGAAAGGCAAUCCGGAAGACUUUACCGUAUCUGACCCCCAGAUUCAUUACAUUUCGCGUCUCUGCCAGUCAAAGCUCACUGUUUCCACUGCCGCUAUAUGGAUCAAAAAGCUGAGCGAGCUUCAUGAAACCCAUCCUCGGGAGAGGGAAAGGUUGGAGGACAGAGAGGCCGACUCUUUGGGUGACCUGGCUAUAAUUGUUGGAUUCAUCCAGGACUUAUCUUCCGUAAUUCCCAUUCCUUCUUUUUCCAACAACAACAACAACAACAACAACAACAACAGCAGGGGGCAGAAAUUUGCCUCUAAACUACAGGAGGUGGAGUCUGAGUUGAACCAGGCCAAGGAUCAACUUGAUUUGCUCGAUUUGUUGUUCCCAUCGAUAAUAUUCUAG